AUCGUUUACAGCUAUUGUAAGUGUUGGGGAAUAUUUCCAGCUUCAAGUGAAGAAGUGUUUGUAAACAGGUUUAACAUCUGAAGUCUCCAUUAUAUAAUACAGUAAAUAUGGAGUUUAUUAAAGAGGAGAGUGAGAACAUGAGUGAUCCAGAACACUGCAGAAUUAAAAAUGAAGAUACUGAAGAACAAACAGGCCUAUUGCAACUAAAUGAAGUGGAGGAGAAAAAACAUCAGUAUCAGAAACCACAUCAAAGGACAAAUGUAGAAAAGUCUUAUAGGUGCUCACAGACUGAAAAACAAUCUGUCACAUGCCCUCAGUGUGGAGAUACUUUCAUACGAAAUGUAGACCUUAAAAAACAUCAAAGAGCCCACACAGGAAAGAAUCUUCACACAUGCACUGAGUGUGGAAAGAGCUUCAGAUAUCAGAAAAACUUUCAGAAUCAUGUAAGAAGUCACACUGAAGAGAAGCCUUUUUCAUGCCCUCAAUGUGGAAAAAGUUUCUCCUGUAAAGAACAUCUUCAGACUCACAUAAGAUUCCACACAGGAGAGAAGCCUUUCACAUGCCCUCAUUGCAGAAAAAGUUUCAAACAAAAAGAAAAUCUUACUAGACACAUAAGAAUUCACACUGGAGAGAAGCCUUUUUCAUGUCCUCAGUGUGGAAAGUGUUUCCCCCGUAAUGAACAUCUUCAGACUCACAUAAGAGUACACACCGGAGAGAGGCCUUUCACAUGUCCUCAGUGUGAAAAAGGUUUCAGAAAUAAAGUAGAUCUUAAUAGACACAGAAGGAUCCAUGCUGAAGAGAAGCCUUUCAAAUGCCUUCAGUGUGGAAAGAGCUUCACAUGUAAAGCAAACCUUCAGGAUCACGUCAGAAUCCACACUGGAGAGAUGCCUUUCUCGUGCCAUCAGUGUGGAAAGAGCUUCAGAUACAAAAGAAGUCUCAACGAUCAUCUGCGCCUCCAUUCUGGAGAAAGAUCAUUUAACUGUGAUCAGUGCAGUAAAACAUUUGUCUUGUCAUCUGGCCUAAGAAAACACCUGGAAACUCACAAGAAGCCUCACUUGUGUCCUACUUGUGGAAAAAGUCUUACAAGUCGGUACCGUUUAAAAGAGCACCAGAAAAUACAUACUGGUGUGAGAGAUCAUGUAUGUUCUGAGUGUGGGAAAUCCUUCAUGAGAAGUGGCAACUUGAAACAGCACCAAAUAAUUCAUACAAGUGCCCACAUUGUGGGAAGAACUUCAGUCGAUUAGGAACAAUGAAAAGACACGAGCGAGUGCAUACUGGAGAGAAACCAUAUCACUUCAUGUGGGAAAACUUUCAAACAAUCAAGUAAUCUACGGGUUCAUUUGAAAAAGCGUUGCCCAAAAUCACAAGUU